AUGACUGUAUGGCUCCGACCAGAAGAUCUACCCACAGAAAUUAAAAGUGAUCCUCUCUAUGAUCCAAACAAGAAAUACGGAGCUAUUUUGCCACAAGUGAUUACCUCCGGUACUGUGUCUCGACGUGCUGUUGAACCCCUUUGGCUCACGGCAAGCAAUGCAGAUCGUAAUCGACUUGGCAGUGAAAUCAAAGCAAUGGUUCAAUCGCCCCCGGGCUAUUGUUUCGUCGGGGCUGAUGUGGACUCGCAAGAAAUGUGGAUCGCAGCGUUGAUCGGUGAUGCCAGUAUUGGCUUUCAAGGGGCAACUCCUUACGGUUGGAUGACAUUGGAGGGAAACAAACAAGAUGGUACGGAUUUGCACACCAAGAUUGCGCAAAUCAUGGGUAUCACACGGAGUGAAGCCAAAGUGCUCAACUAUGCCCGUUUGUACGGCUCUGGCUACGAAUUUACCAAGCACUUGCUGGCCAAAUUUUCCAAUCUAUCGCCCGAACAGGCGAGUCUGAAAGCUGGUCAGUUAUUACGUACUACAAAGGGGCAGCGAGUUACUGUGAGGUCAACCCCACAAAAAUCAAACACCAUGUCCUCACGUCGAUCGAGCUCAGUGGAUUCCCCGUCAGAGAAUGGCUCAACAGUGACUUCGCAAUGGCAGGGUGGAACCGAAUCCGCCGUAUUCAAUCAGUUGGAGCGGAUCGCCCGCAGCGCAGAACCUCAAACACCUGUCUUGGGGGCCCAUCUGACCAGGGCGCUCAAUCCGAAACUGGUGAAAGAAGACUUCCUACCUAGCCGCAUCAAUUGGGUGGUUCAAAGUUCCGCUGUGGACUAUUUGCAUUGCAUGCUAGUCAUCAUGGGCUGGCUAAUUCAACACUAUCAACUCCCGGCCCGAUUAUGUAUCAGCAUUCAUGACGAAGUACGCUACAUUUGUCGACGAGAUACCGCUAAUCGCGUUGCUCUGGCGCUGCAAAUAAGCAAUCUUUUCACUCGUUGCUUAUUCGUUUAUCAGUUGGGAAUGCGUGAUCUGCCUGAGUCGGUCGCAUACUUCAGCUCGGUGGAAAUUGACACAUGCUUACGCAAAAAUCCCAAUGACGACUGUGUUACACCUUCAAAUCCGGACGGAAUACAAAAAACGUACAACAUACAACCAGGUGAAUCACUUACAAUGCAAGAUAUCCUGAAUCGGACUGGUGGAUCACUGGAACCUAAAUGA